AUGUGCCCUGAAGCUCCUGGCCUCCAUUCCCAUCCCAAUGAUGCUGAUGCUAUCAUUGGAUGCAGCGCCCAGGUGCACCCCUUGCCGCCUCAGGGCAUCCCUAGGCUUCACUCCUGCGGAACCCAUUGGUUCCGCGGGCUGCAGCCCAGUCUGCAUCCAGGUCCCGAGCGGGGCUCACCGGUGCUUGGGGGAAGAGGAGCCGACGCCCUGGCGCGCCUCGUGGGUAGCACCGGGCUGGGGCCCCCGGCCACUCCCGGGGUGUCCUGGAGGUCGCUGCUGCUGCUGCUGCUGCUGAGCUCGCCAGCCGGUGCUUGGUACAAGCACGUGGCAAGUCCCCGCUACCACACAGUGGGCCGGGCUUCGGGGCUGCUCAUGGGCCUUCGCCGCUCCCCUUACAUGUGGCGCCGCACUGUGCCAUCGAGCCCGGGCCCGGGAAACAGAGGUGCGGACCGGGAGCUCUCUGCUUGGACCGACAACCCUCCUGCCUGGACCGCGCUCUUGGCGGGUGUCCGAGGAAGCCCUGCGGAGGCGCGGCGCAGGAACCGCAGGGAGCUAAGAGGGGGCUGGACUGGGAACCAGAGUUCGAACCGGCCUAUUGGUAAGAAAAGGCUCAGGGACAGUGCACCUGCAGAAGCCCCUCGGGGCCAGAUCGGAGACUUCUCGCGGCUGGAUCCCCACCCCGACCCUCCAGAGCCUUUGGAUAGGAGACAACACCUGUGCCCUCCAUCGACUGUGGCAUUCCAAAACCUACAGACCUCUUCCUGACCCCAGUUUUGAAUGUCUCCGGAUCCCAGGGCCUGUAUUUCAGCUGCAUUAUGGCCUGUUGUGGGGUAGAGAUUGAGAGGGUAGGAGCAGACAGAUCACAGAACCCUCAGGGACAAUGACUCAACACUUACUGGGGUCUCCAGUUAUACUUCCCUCCCUUUCUCCCUUUCCUUCGAAGAAUCGUUGUUUUUUUGUUGGGGUCUGUGUACCUUCCCUGUCUCACUGUAGGAAGCUGCUCUCAUUAAAAAUGACAAUUUAAAACGCA